AUGUACGGCUCUAUCGAUAAUGAUGAUUCUCGUCCAUCGUCACCAACACCUUUGGUGACUCCACUAGAAUUCAAAGUAUACAGACGACGAUGGCUUUAUCUACUCUGUAUCUGUCUGGCAAAUUUGUCAAAUUCAAUUUUAUGGAUAAAUUUUGCUUCAAUCGCUAAUUAUGCUAAAGUAUAUUUCGACGUUUCCUAUGCAGCUGUCAACUGGCUUUCACUUAUAUUUAUGGUCGUCUGUGGUAUAUUUACAUUACCAUCGACCUGGGCCAUUGAUCGCUUCGGUAUUCGAUUUGGAAUUUUAACAGGUGUUUGGUUGAAUCUAAUCGGUGGAUCGUUUCGAGUGAUUAGCACAUGGGGAUUCGUUUCGGUGCAUGGCCGUUAUCCAAUUGUUUUCACCGGUCAAUUGAUUUGCUCAUUCGCUCAAACAUUUACACUGUUUUUACCAACUAAAUUUGCUUUUGCGUGGUUUCCAGAACACCAACGAACAUUAGCAAAUAGUCUCUGUUUUGCUACUAACUUUCUCGGUGUUUUCAUUGGUACUGUGACACCACCAUUGAUCGUUCCUAAUGAACAUAAAAUACCUCUAUUACUUUAUCUCACAUUAAUUCCAGCAAUUCUUGCAGCUGCUUUGUCCUUAACUGUUCGAUCAUCACAACCACCAACACCAUCGUGUUUAGCAGCACUUGAUGUCAAAACUCCUUAUCGAUUAGUUUUCAAAAAACUUAUUACAUCGAAAUCGUAUUUAAUUCUCUUCGCUACGAUUGGUAUUGGUCUAUCGAAUAACAAUACACUUUCGACAUUGUUACAACAGAUUAUGUGUCCAUUUGGCUAUGACAACAUUGCAGUGGGAUUAUGUAUCGGUUCUUUUAUUAUAUUUGGCUUGAUCGGAUGUAUUGUCAUGGGCUACAUUGCCGAUAAAACAAAAAAAUUAGAAGAGUUAACAAAGAUUCUGUAUUCCAUUGGAGUUAUUUCAUUGAUGUGUAUUGGAUUAUUCAUUGUUAACGAAGUCAAAUCGUAUUGGCUUUAUCUGAUCUUUGCUAUCGCUGGAUUAUCAAAUGCGCCUAUACUUCCACUAAGUUUAGAUCUGAGUAUUGAAACUACGCAUCCAGUUCCUGAAGCUACUGUAGUGGGAAUUUUCAUGGUGGCAAGUCAAGUGGGAAGUAUACUUGCGAUUAUCAUCUUACCACAUUUUACAAUGUCACCCUCACCUCAUCAAAUGAGUAUUCAGAAAUGUGACAUUCAAGAUGGACAACUCGAUGAUAUUCGUGAUUAUUCGAUUCCUGUAUAUAUUCUGGCUGCGUUUUCGGUGGUUCUAGUCAUUUGUUUUAUCUGUUUUUUCCAUUGUGAAUAUCGUCGACAGAAAAAGGAUGAGAUCGAACACAAUACUGUCGUUGUGAACACGGAAGGCGAGUCAGCAUAA